UGUUAGCACGUCGUAUAAUAAGAGGAGAACACGUUCUUAACCCUAAAUUUUGUGUUGACAUGGGAAGAGCCUGUUUAUGUUACUAAUUUUUGAUUUAUUAAGGAUAAAAAAAAUAUAAUGGUUGAGACAGAAAUAGAAAAAGUGAGUGAUCAAGCUCAAGGGCACGUAAAAGAUGAUAAUAAAGGCAAAACAGUUGGUAAAUUGAUUAAAGGGAAGCCAAAGUCUGGAAGAGUAUGGAAGGAACCGAGGCAGAGAUUUUCUUCAAUCGUCAAAACACGAGGACUUCGCAUCUCGUACGAAAAGAAACAAAAGCUUCGUGACGAUCUGAAGAGAGUGAAAGAACAAUCACGAGCGAUAAUUGAACAGAAAAAAGCAGAAAAAGAGGCAAAAACACAGAGGAGAAUCAAGAACUUGAAACGAGCAGAAGAGAAUCGGAAAAAAAGUGAAGUCGUUCAAGUCAUCAAGAAUACAACAAAACUAAAACGUAUGAAAAAGAAACAGUUACGUAUGAUCGAAAAGCGGGACACAGUCAAUGCAUAGUAAAUAUUAUAAAUGAAUAUUUUUUGAAAAAACAUGUAAGGCAGUGUGACACUCAUUUUGUACAAAAGAACAAGCAAAUAAAUGUAAUUAUACGAAGAAAAAUGUCAGGUUU